GGGGCGGGGGGACUCGACUUGUUGUGUUGCUGCCCGAGAGCCGGAUACUGUCGUGCUGCGGCCGCGGCGCUCCCAGUCUCCCGACCAUGUCUCACUUAGUUGAGCCGCCGCCACCCCUGCACAACAACAACAACAACUGCGAGGAAGGGGAGCAGCCCCUGCCGCCGCCCGCCGGCCUCAACAGUUCCUGGGUGGAGCUACCUAUGAACAGCAGCAAUGGCAAUGAUAAUGGCAACGGGAAGAAUGGGGGGCUGGAGCACGUCCCUUCCUCUUCCUCAAUCCACAAUGGAGACAUGGAGAAGAUCCUUCUGGACGCACAGCAUGAGUCGGGACAGAGCAGCUCAAGAGGCAGCUCUCACUGUGACAGCCCUUCACCACAAGAAGAUGGACAGAUCAUGUUUGAUGUUGAGAUGCACACCAGCAGGGACCAUAGCUCUCAGUCAGAAGAAGAAGUUGUAGAAGGAGAGAAAGAAGUUGAGGCUUUGAAGAAAAGUGCAGACUGGGUAUCAGACUGGUCCAGUAGACCCGAAAACAUCCCACCCAAAGAGUUCCAUUUCAGACACCCUAAACGUGCUGUAUCUCUAAGCAUGAGGAAGAGUGGAGCCAUGAAGAAAGGGGGCAUUUUCUCUGCAGAGUUCCUGAAGGUCUUCAUCCCGUCUCUCUUCCUUUCUCACGUGUUGGCUUUGGGGCUGGGCAUCUAUAUUGGAAAACGACUGAGCACACCUUCUGCCAGCACCUACUGAGGGAAACGAAAAGCACCUGGAAAUGCGCGUGGCCUGUGAAGUGGUGUAUUGUAGUUUGAAUUUGAGACCUAUUGUAAGCAUGAUCCCCAACCUACAACCCUAUUUUUACAUACCCAAUCCCAGUAACUCUCAAAUCCAGUAUUUUACUCAAACUCUGUUGAGGCAUUUUACUAACCUUCUUCCCUUUUUGGCCUGUAAGACACUUUAGAGAUUCCUAACAGAAUUUCCUGUCGUUUAGAAAUUUGCAAGGGCUUUUUUCAGCAAUGCCACCAGCAGAUUAUAACCUUGUCAACAAUACCAUCAUUUCCUCUUAGUACCACCAGAAUCACACCUGCAUCAUUCAUGCUAGAAGCUGAAUUCUAGCCAUGCAACUACAUCUCUUUCUAAAUGAGGUCAGGUUUGCAAACAGUACUAUAAAAGCUUUGUUUAGUUUUUGUUUUCCAGAACAAAAACAAGCUUCCCUAAGCUUGAAUUUAUAGUUAUUAAAAACAAAAGAAAACCAAACCAAAAAAAAGCAAGACAUAAGGAAAAAAAUAUCCUGGGCAAUAAAAAUUACUUUAAACCAGCUUUGGAGCCGCUCUUUUCCUAAGCCUCCUGUUCCGCCUUCAAUUCGUAGGAGGCAGCCUGUAUGAGUGACAGAUAGGAUAUAGAAGAAUAGAACAUGCUGGCAGAUUUUUAACAUUAGGAUGUUGCAAUGCUAUCUUUUCUAUGAUAGAGAAUCUUUAUUUCUAAGGAAUGCCUCAGAUCUAGACAUACACGAAAUUGCUUUUGAGAUUUUUGUGCGUUUGGUAUUUUCAUGUGUUACCUGCAUGUGAAUUUCUCAUGACUUUCUUUACUUGUCUUUCUAGUUUCUUUCUUUCUUUUUUUCUCAGAAGAGACUUGGAACGAGUCUGAUUCAUGGUGUUAAUAGAGGCUUCUUGUUUUAGGAAGCUUUGCUUACACCCUGGAGCCUUUACACUCUGAAGAGUAACUUCAGAGUUAUUUCAAGCACUUGUGUAACUUCACACAGCAGAUCUGGGGUGUGGGAACAGUUGACAAAGUUCUGGAAAGAUGCCAUUCAUUCUCUGUGGUCCCUUACUUCCUGUUGUUGGCUACGGUCUUCCCAGUGUGUCCCUAGGAUCUCCCAGGCCCUGGUGACUUUCUCAUGCAGUUGUCUUUUCAGUUGUGUCAAACUCCUGAUGUUCCGCAAUACUCAGAAAAUCCUUUGAAUGGCAGACUUUCUUUGUCUGUUUCUACAAUGUGAAGCUUUAGGACCAAACUGUUAGACAGCAUCAGGAUUGCAGAUUAUCUCAAGUAGAUUUUGUUGGAUUUCAGAACAUAGCAUAACUCUGAAGGAUUCUAUCUUUUAUAUGUAAUUAAUUACUGUUUAUGAUAUAGACUGUGCUAUAGUUGCAGAACCAUUGUGAAUUUCAAAGCUAGCAACCUACAUGGUGUACCAAGUAGACUUGAAUAAAUAUGGCAACCGGGUUUGCUAGUCUGCAGAAACUAACUCCUCUCUCACAUAAAGGGUUAUAAAAUUGGUGUUACAUGGAAAUGGAAAGUAACACAGAUAGGAAGACAUUUCUAUCAUUUUUCAAGAACAUAGCUGUUUAUCUUUAAGAAAGAUAAUAUAUCCAAAGUAGUUUUUGUGAGUUAUUUUCUUUUUGGCAUUUAAUGUCUAAAUGAUUAUGGGCGUCUUUUGCCCUUUUUCUAUCUUGCUCUUAAACCUGGUGACGCUUGAUUUACCUUAUCGCUUAUUUAUUUCGAGUGUUUGUAUUUGAAUUUCUUUAGGAAGAAAGUAAAUCUGAUGGCCUAUUUGUUUGUUUGUUUUUGAAAAGCCUGAAUCAAAUUGGCCGGACUGCCGAGGCUAAACUGUAGCACAGUUGAGUGCUGCUGUGUGAGCGGGCAGCACAGUCGCUCACUAAGUGAUCUCCCAGGCAGACACCUCCUUUAUAAAUUCAGGAGCAGUCUGUCAGCAGUGCCAUUGAACUGGGGACGUAUGAUUUUAUUUCAACAUUAAAACUAAAUUUAAUUUUGCCAUUUUUGAAAGUAUCAGUAAGAUCAUGGAACAUGUCGCAGCACAACUGUCCGUCAGGGAGCUUGUAUGGUGUUGAUUUGCAGCCCUGACAUACGGGAUGUUUAUGCUCCUACACAGAUUCUUGUUGAAUGAAAACACAUUGUCCUGUUGCAAAGCAGAAUUCAACCAAGAGUUGAAAUUUAAGAUAAUGUUUAAAAAGCUUUAUUCCUGUUUACAAUUUGGAAUGAAAAGCAGGCUUCGUUUUAAGUUUGAUGAAAACUGGCUCAGAUGUUUGUAAGUCAAGAGGAAAGCGGCACAGAGAACAGUGCAGAGUCACUCGAUUACAGUAGAGUGAAGUGGAGACUCGGCCCGUGAGACGAACCGCACAGUGAACCAGUUGGUGGAGCUCCUGGCAUUAACUGAGCCAGAGUGAUACACAUCCUUCGUCUGUCUCGUCAGCACUUGCGUCAUUCCUUACAGUUUACAGAACACGUGUAACUUGUAGCUAUAAACAUUUUGUGCCAUUAAAGCUCUCACAA